ACCGCACGGCGAAAUUCGUGCCGCUUACGAUCGACUUCUGGACGUAGCCUGACAAAUGUUCCGCGAUCGAUGAUGUGAUGUGGAAAAGUUGAGACCACUGGCCAGUAGACUAUGGACAGGUAGGAUCAGUUUUGACUUUUACUGCUUGGCAUACAUUUGACUGUACGCGAGUGGGCUUGAGUACAUAAGCUCUCCGGCCGAGCUAAGAUCUUCUUCUUGCCUCAGCUGCCGGGACUUCAAGCCGGGGAAGGGGGAAGGAGGAGGGAGGUAUUGUUGUCUUGUGUCGCGAAUGUGGGGUGGAAUCUGCACACUGGCAAAAGCCUAGAACGAAUCGACUGUCUUGCUGUUCGUGGGUGGAACACAUUGGGCACACUUAGGUCUCAGGUCUGGGAGCAGGUAGUUAGUUGAUGGUGAUUUCAGUGCAGGAAGUGAACAUUUUGGGCUAGAGGAGUGUAGUUGUCUGUUUGAUUCGAAGCGACGUUUCAUCCAAUUUUCUCUGCGUCGGUGAGAAGGGUUCAGAAAUGUGCUCUGGAAUCAGGUUCGACCUGAAUCGUAAGUAAUUUCUCACGAGGAUCGUCAUUCGAUUUUGAGUCUCUGGGGAUUUUAGGGAACAGGGCAGUGGAUUUCUCAGAUGAAGGAGAUCGACGUACUCCGGUGUCAGAUUCAGGAAUGGUAUCCUCGUUUCCGCCGAGUGUCUCUGCGGACGAAGAUUCACGUUCUCCCUCAAGCUUUUGUGGAUUAUCUCCUGGAAGAUGGACUUUUUCUACCCAGCUCCAGCGAAGCUAUGCCCACGCGAACCAUUGCAACGUGCCCUGAGUUGCAGAGUGAAGACUACGUUCACUGGGACGAAGAAGACGAAGAUGACGAAGAACCGGAAGUACCUUCAUUCUGCGACCUGGAGAAAGAGAUCAAAGCAUCCAUAGAGGAGUUAGGCGGGGCCGUUUUUCCCAAACUCAACUGGACGGCACCCAAGGACACGACGUGGAUCGCUACCUCUGGAAAUUUGCAGUGUAGAAAUUUUGCUGAGAUUUCGUUACUUCUGAAAGCGUCUGACAGUGUCACCCACGACCUAUUGCAUGCUUUCGAUUCAUGCGAGGAUCAGACGAAAUCCAGCCCUGAAGUCGUUGUUUUGGCCUUGAGGAAGUGGUAUGAUCUCAGGCCAGAACUUGAGUUUCGGGCCUUCGUUUUCGGUGGAUUGCUGGUCGGGAUCUGUCAAAGAGAGGUUACAGGGUUUUAUGCUUCCCUGACCGAGAAAGUGGAAGAUUACGAAGAGUUCAUAUUUGACUUCUUCUUUGACGAGAUUCGGGAUCAUUUCCCAUCCAAAGAUUAUACAUUCGAUUGUUAUGUGACCAGGGACGGGAAGGUGAAGUUAGUGGAUUUCAACACCUGGGGAGGUUCCACCUUACCCCUGCUCUUCACGUGGGAGGAGUUGCAGGAGAAUUUUGAAAAACUCAGAGCAGCUGGCCUUGUUUCCCCACAACAGACGACUCCUAUAAAUUGCGAAAUCUUUGAUGAUAGGAUCCGAAUUAGGCUGGCAGACAUGGGUUUGGAGUCUUCGGGAGGAGACGAGAGUCAAAUUGAAGCCAGAGUAGCUGGGGAGGUCCAUGAGCAACCGGUAGUCUGCGAUGUAGAGUACAGAGUGGAAUUCAGAAUAGUGACACAUGAAGGUUUGGUGCAGCCAGGUAUGAGGAUAGGUACUGGUAUACCGAUCGACUUCAUAAAUAAAGGGAACUGGGAAGAGGUAAUCAGGAAGGAAGCCGCGGAUGAAGCUCUACGAGAGCGGACCGCUGCUGGUGCCUGACAGAGCUCAGGGACAUCAGAGUAUUGUUUCUCGUCUGCUGGUGACUGACAAGAGUGUUUGAGGUUUUGAGGAAGUUGUACUGUAAUUCCUACUUUGCGACUUCCUACUCUUGUUUUCCCUGCACUGCAGCUUGUGAUGGAAGAAAUUGCUAACGGAUUGAAUGACGAUAGCUCGUAGGUUUCAGAGUCGUCUCUGAGUAUAUUUGCCCUAUCCUCUGGGCCGAAGGCUCGAGAAUCCACAUUGGCUUGAUGAGGAUAUGUGCAUUAUUGUGCUAAAUUGGCCACAUCACUAUCACAGUCUGGCACUCCGGUGGACGACGUGCGUUUCCGAGUUUGCGUGUUCUUCUUGCGCCACCGAAUGCCACAGUUGUUCUCGUGCACGUGGAACUCUUGCACGUCGCGUAGUUUGCGACGGAAAGUUUCAUGAUGACGAAUUCUGUUGCGUCGCCUUGGGUUGCAUUGCACCGCAUUGUAUGUCUAGUGACUCUAGUCCCACCACCUCCUCUGUAGCAGGAAGUCUCGUGCGGGCUAAUUACUAAAUAGUGGAACACGUGAGGGCGACAGAGGUCUAGAGUAUCGGUCUACAAGGGACUUGGUUUUUCAGCUGACAUUCUCUGAACGCCGUUUGACUUGUGUAGUUUUACGAACCUUUGCUUCGAGUCCCGUGUUCAUACCAUCGUGUGUUGAAGGGUUUGGUGAUGGACGACGCUGAAGAGAAUUGACGAUUUGACUUCAAUCAAUGGAUGACAAAAAGAUCUAGACAUAGAAACAAGUUUCUGUCUUUGUGAGAUAAAUAUUUUAUGCGGUCUUAAUUGCGGAGUUUACGAGUGCUUCUUCCCAGGCCUUCGGAUGCGUGAACUUCUAGAUCUUGCUCUGUCGAGGAAGAGUAAAGAGGAAGACCAAGAAUCAAGAAUCUAGACCCGGACUUUGGGUACGGGAAGAUCUCCUACAGAAAGGACAACUCUCUGUAGAACUAUAGCGAAGUCGUGAGCUGUGGCCU